AUGCAAUUCGGUUCGACAUUCGAAAACGGUAUCCGCAUAGUACAAAGCAUGCAUAACCGCGCAAACCGGGAGUUAGAAAAGCUCGGGAAGAACGUACUUCAUCCGCAGCCGUCUGUCUACACCUACACGAUAUUAAUGACGGGUCUCAGAAAUCAUAAACACACGCAAGGAGUAAUCGUGACUCUUAACAUGAUGAUCAAGGAAGGUAUCGUGCCCAAUAUCGUCACCUGGAACGCUGUGAUCGGGGCUCUGCUUCAAAAAGGCUAUAUAGAGGAAGCGGUUAGGGUCAUGCGAAACUUGAAGCAAGUCGGACUCGAGUCAAACGCUCGUACGGUGCAAGAAAUUACCAACGUGUCCAAGGUCAAAAGGAAAUGGGUUGCGACCUUAAUGAGGAAGCUAGACGAGAAACCCACCGACAUUAGCGACCAACGCCUGUUCGCUAAGUCCUUGCUACGUAGAUGGGAGAAGCCGGACGAUCAAUUGAUAGGCCGUCGAUCUACACGAAGAGGUUAUAGGAUAAGCCACGGGCGCCAUGGGCUUACGCAGCCAAGUACGGCGUUUUCUGAUGCAGCCUGA